AUGGCUGCUGACAGUGCUAAUGCGUUUCGUGGUGCGCUCGGGCGGAUCGGAUGGUCUGUUCCUGCGGCAAACGCGUUUACGAACGAAGGUUUUGAUGCGAUGGACUCCCUUGGCUUGGUUACUCGUGACCGUCUCAAGGAUAUCUGCAAGAUCAUUCGUCGCGGUACCGAUGGUGUGGCCGCAGUGCCAGCUGCUGGUGGAAACGCUGCGGUGGCGGCGGCGCCUGGCAUCCCUGGGAUAGCGAUCCCCAUGAUGUGGGAGUACAAGCUAAGCGGAAUGCAUCUCUGGGUGUCUGAGCGUCUCCGACAGGGGACUCCGGUUGUUGCGGCGGACUUUACUGCGGCCAUCGGAAACCUGUACACCAGGAAGGUGCGUGAACUAGAAGAAGCGAAGGAUGAGGAGGAUGUUCAAGUCAAGCCUCCGGCUCCGUUCUCGAAGGAAACGAAGUGGAUUCCGUUCUUCAAGUUGUUGGUCAACUAUUUGAGCUCCGUGACGGGUGUUAACAAAGUGCCGUUGGAUUAUGUCGUCCGGAAAGAUGACAAUGUCGCUGCACCGGAUACCGAGUUUGAGACGGAGCACGAGAAGUUGGUGCUGUUGACUCCCCAUACGGGGACGGCGUUUGACAAGGACAACGGGAAAGUUUGGAUCCAGGUGAAACAGUUGACUGUGAACGGUCCAGCGUGGACUUAUGUUGCGCCUUUCGAGAAGAAACGCGACGGUCGUGGAGCGGUCAAGGCUUUGAAUUGUCACUAUGAAGGUGAUGCGGUGAUGUCCAAGUCCAAGGCGGCUGCGUUCGAUGUGCUCGAGCACACCACCUACACUGGCGAGCGUCGUAACUUCGGGAUGGAAAAGUACACAAAUGCUUUGUCAACGGCGUUCCAGACUCUUGACGAGUAUGGCGAGACAUUGACGGAGUCCAGGAAGGUGGAUGUCUUCUUGCGCAAUAACCAUUGCACAGAUCCUAAGAUGCUCUCGGGAAUUGCGGUGAUUCAAGGCGACGCGGACCGCAUGUCUAAUUUUGCAAAGGCGGCCGAUUAUUUGGCCUUGUUUACUAACACCGAUACCUCUCAGAAGACAGGUCGGUCAAUUUCAAGCGCUCAGCGGACUAGUAACAACAAGAAGAAGCCGGCUAUUCGAGCUGGCAAUUAUACUCCAAAUGAAUGGCAUCAACUUUCAGAUAAGGAAAAAGACGAAGUCCGAGCCAAGCGAGCGGCCGCGAAGGCCUCUCGCGACAAGAACAAGCGCUCAGCUGCGGCAAUCACUCGUUCGAGUGAGAAAACUGACAAGGGGAGUGCGGAUAGUGUAACCAAUGCAGGUGAUCAGUUUGCUCUCUCGAACAAGAAGAAGAAAAGAAAGACGGUUGGUUUUGAAGGCGAAACGAGCGAUUGA